GAGUUGUCAGCUUGUAAAAUCAAAAGAAGUUCAUAGUAUCAUGCCAAAAGUUAAGGAGCGCGACGAACAGGAAGCUUUAAAAUUGGACGAACACUUUAAGCGGACUUUGACGCACGUUAGAACAUACAUAUUGAAUCUGAGAUCCGUGGAAGAGGCACAUUUAUGCAGGAUCUGGCUCGAUAAAUUAAACUCUACUAUCUCACAACGUAACUUGAGAAACGAAUAUCUAUUGGAACUCUGUCGACAGUUGAGAGCAGGCACGCUCGAAGGAGUAUUCAAGACUGAACCAUCUGAUAACCUGUUAACGCCACUGCCAUCUAGUCACGCAGUUUGCAUUAGCUCAUCUUUGAGUGAGUUAUCCGAUCAUGGCAGAAACCAUCAGAAUUGUUUGACGCUAAGCCAAAGAUCGGAUCAAAGGAAUUACAUACGAGACAAAUUAAAAGUUCAUGAUUCGUAUUCGAGCUCAAGUGUGCAUGCUGCGUGUCAUCACAAUGACAAUACGAUAGAAGGAAAUUAUUUAAAGCUUCGCAAAUAUCGUAUCGAUGUGUUAAUAGCUAUGCUCGAAAAUCUCCGGAUUGAAAAUGAGCGAUUGAAGAAAGAGUUAACGAAAUGUCAAGGGGAAACGGUGGAUAACGAAGCGUUUCGAUUACGGAAUCGCAUUAAACAUUUGACAACUCGAGCGCAGACUCAAAGUCUUGCAUGGAAAAUUCGAAUGCUCAAGAAAACCAUAGCAAAACUGAGGAAGCUGAAUGACAUCAUAAAGCAUGUUUAUGAGAAGAAGUUACAACACGUUAUUACAGUAACUAAAAAUAAUAAAACUCUCGAGAAUAAGAUUUUGCAAUUGCAAUUCCAAGAACAGAAGAGCGAGUUGUGUUUGUUUUUAUGUUCCGAGAAGCAGAACGAACUGUGUAAGCUAAUAGAAUCUUUAGAAGGGAAAUAUAAAACACUGUUAACAGCUGCUCUUGAAAAUCAGCGACAAGAGUAUUUUAAGAAAAUAACCUCACUCGAAGCCGAAUUGUGUAAUUUGAAGAUCAAGUUUGGAUCUAAACUAAGAUGUAUAUGAUGGCACGUAAAAUAUAUUUUACCUUAUGGUAUAGAAGAUAAAAUUAGCCUCGUUUAAAUUGCCCUCACUUUGCGUCUAAUCUAACUUAACCUGGAAUAAAAAUGGUUGCAUUACUGGUGUUGGUCUCCAUGACAACUGAUGUCAACUGUCAUAAUAUACAUUAGAAUACAUUGCGCUCUACGUGAAAGAAGAAUAAUUUAUUUGUAUAUCAAAUGCCUUAGUUUAAUAAUGCGAAAUAUUUUUGAAAAGAUAAA